AUGGGUCAAGGGAACGUAGGGUUCGGAGAAUCCCCCGUUCACGGGGCAGAUUUUCCACGUCAGCAGAGCCUGAGGGAGCGGCGAGAACGGAGGUAUUUACCCCACGCGUCGCGAGCUGCAGUUCCGCAGUCCUCUAGCAUCUCGCCGUUUCGGGUCCGCGUGAAUCCGCGAGCAGGUGUAGCAGAUGCACUCGUUACCAGCAGCCCCGAUUUAAGAGUCAACUACGCGCCUCCGCAGGCUCUCGAAGCGGCGCUGGAUCCGCGGCGUCAAGCCACAUCAACGUCCGCGCCUCGAAGCCGCGUGCCGGCUGCCGAACCUCAGCCGUCUAGGAGCGUGCGUGAGAUCCGACGGUCACGAUCGGCUGUCCCGAAAACUACGGAUACGGCGGAGCUGCUAGGAGGCGACUUUACAGAGGAAGAGCUUCGAGAUUACCUGCUUCACCAUCCACACGAAGAUCAGUCCUCUUCACCUGCUCCCUCCCAGCUGAUCAGCAGCAGUAGCAGCGGCAGGGAGCCUUACCCGCAAGAUUUCCCCCAAACCUACCCACAAGCCUAUCCCGGAUCCUUCUCGCAAAAUCACCUACAGAAUCCCGAACGACCGCCGGACCACUUAUGGGACGGGUCAGCGGAAGUAUGGGAUCGGGAAAGGGAUCGGGAAGGGGAGAGGGAGAGGGAGCGCGAGAGCGGCGGAAACACGAGCUCGAGCCACGCGAGCGGCGCCAGCCAUUCGAGCGUGGGGCGCAGCAGAUCCAGCGUUCCGCGCAGCGGAAGCAGGAGCAGAUCGGGUUCCGCCAGGCGCGGGGUUCCGCGCGUGAGCAGCACGGGCGGGGGGAGAGUGCAGCGGUCCGCGUCUGUGGGUCUAUCGGAUUCGGCGGAAGAGGAAGAGGAGGAGGACGACGGGGAGGAGUUUUUGACUUCGGUUCCGCCUGCUGCUAUGGAUGUUCUGUUGGGAAACACGGGGAAAAAGACCGCGGCUGGCGGGUGGAGAAAAUCCGCGUCUACGUCAUCAGCUGGUGCGACUGUAGCCACAGGGGGGCAGGGGAGGGCGAGGGGAGCGCAGACGGCAGGGCAGGGGUGGGGGCAGGGGAUAGGGCAAGCGGCGGGGGAGAGUGGAGGGCAGGGGUUGGGGCAGGGAGUGAUGGGGGGAAACAGCUGGGAGAGAAGGGUGGAGGCGCAGGGGGAAGCGAUGUAUGGCGGGCCGGGAGAGGAGGAGGACGAGGAUGGGGUGCUGGAGGCGUACGCUGUGGAUGAUUUGGAGGAGCUGGAUGCGGUGGAGGGUGGUGAUGGUGGUGCAUGGAUGGUGGAGAGCGGUCAGCUGGGAGCCGGUCGCCCCGACUGCGCCUCACCUCUCAGAAGCACCGCCCCUGGGGUCUCAGGCAGUGCCUCUCCUGCUGCUGGGUAUGGGGGCGGCGGGGCGUACGGGCAGCAGGGGCAGCAGGGACAGUACGGGCAGCAGGGGCAGCAGGGGCAGUAUGGGCAGCAUGGGCAUUCCAGCAGCAGCGGUAGCCUGGGGCAUGUGUCUCCUACACUUGCUCGUCUCUCGCCUGGCUCGGGCCAUGCCUCUCCCUCCAGGGGUCGUGCCAGUCCGGGCCAUGCAUCCCCUGGGCGGGGCUAUGCUGCUCUCGGCCCUCCAGAUCGUGAGCCUCGCGACGGUGCACUGACUGGCUUGCCUGCUGCUGCUAUCGGUGCUGCCGAUGCUGCUGGGUCUGCCGGUGCUGCUGCCGGUGCUGCCGGUGCUGCUGCUGCCGGUGCUGCUAGUGCUCGCUCGCCUGCUGCUGCUGGUCGUGGGGCGUAUGGAAGAAGCCAAGGGGUUGAGAACGGUGGAGGGGGGCGGAUGUCCGCGCAGGCAGGCGCGGAGCAGCAGAGCGGGGAAGAGCAUUCUGCAGGAAGGGCGGACGGGCGGGUGGGGGGAGCGGAACCGGCAAGGGCAAGCCUGAGCGGAGGAGGGGCGCGGGAGGCGGAGGAGGGGAAGCAGGAGGGCGGAGAGGGACGUGUGGGGAGCGGGCGGAGAGGGGAGGACGAUCUGGUUGCAGCUGCUGCUCUUGUUAGCGGAGCAGCGGGUGCUGGCGACGACAGGGAGAAUGAGGCGGGGACAGGGGGAGCAGGAGUAGCAGGAGGAGGAGAAGGAGCGGCAGUAGGGGAUUCAAGCGUGCUACCCUCUGUCGGUGCCGGUUCCGAUGCUGGUUCUGAUGCCAGUGCUGGUGCAGGGGCUGCAGCAGCAGGGGCCGCGUCAGGUGCUAGUGCAGAGGCGGGUGGUAGGAGAGGUGCGGGCGGGAAUGGAAGAGGAGGAGGAAGAGGAGGAGGAGGAGGAGGAGGAGGAGGAGGAGGAGGAGGGGGUGUGUCAGAGAUAGCGCUGGCACGGAACCUGAGCCUGCAGGUGAAGAAGGCAGAGCAGCAAAUCUCCCUGGACAGGAAUCUAUCUCUGCGCAACAUCAAGAAGCAGGGCAAGGACCUGGUGCCAAAACUGACCACUCUGCUCAAGAAGUCAGCCAGCUCAGCAGGCGCGGGAAUAAGCUAUGCGGGCGCGGCAGGGCUGAGUGCAGCAGGGGCGGGCAUCAGCGCAGCGGGGGCAGGCAUCAGUGCGACGGUGGGAAAAAGACCGCCCAAACCUGGAAGAUCCGCGACUGAGAAGGAGCGGUCCAUGCCGUCGCUCUCCAUGCCCUCCAUGCCAAGAUCGCUCACCCUCUCGAGGCACAAGGACGGGCCAGAGCGGCCAGAGAAAACUUUUGGGGACCUGCCCGCGCCCAAGCGCACUCAUUUCCAAUACUCUGAGCUCCAGCUGGCGACGGGCAAUUUCGACGAGGCCAAUGUGCUGGGCCAGGGCGGCUUUGGGAAGGUCUACUACGGGGUGCUGCCCGUGCAGCCAGCGCAGGUGGUGGCGGUGAAGGUGCUGACGAGGGGCGGGUCGCAGGGCGACGAGGAGUUCACGAUUGAGCUGGAGCUGCUCAGCCGCCUGGAGCACAAACACCUGGUGAAGCUGUUUGGGUUCUGCAUGCGCUCGCAGCAGCGUCUGCUCGUCUACCAGUUCCUGCCCAACGGCUCUCUCACGGAUCACAUGCACGGCAAGAAGAGGGAGGAGAACGGGCCGCUAUCGUGGGAGCGGCGGCUGCGGAUAGCCGUGGGGUCAGCGAGGGGCCUGCAGUACCUGCACUCGCAGCGCCCCCAGAUCCUCCACCGUGACAUCAAGUCGUCCAACAUCCUUCUCACUGAUAACUUCGCUGCCAAGGUUGCGGAUUUCGGGUGUGCGAAGCUGAUCAAGCAGACGAUCAGGGUGGAGGACCCGCAGACGGGCGAGAUGGUGGAGCGGUUGGGGGAGAGCGUGGACGUGGCCAUGGGGACCCAUGGCCACAUGGCGCCUGAGAUCCUCAUGACUGGGGAGAUCAGCUCCGCUACCGACGUGUACAGCUUCGGAGUGGUGCUCUUUGAGCUCGUCACGGGCCAGCUCCCUGUCCUGGCGGAUGGCACACAGCUCGUGCACUGGGUCACUCCGCUGUGUGAGCAGAAGCGGUGGGAUGAGCUCAUCGACCCGGACGUGCUUGCAGCACAAGCCGGCUCCACUCCCACCGGCCCUGCUGCCGUCGCUGCCGCCGCCGCUGCCGCCGCUGCCAUUGCUGCUGGCGCUGCUGCUGCUGCAGGUGGUAGUGGUGACGCUUCAAGUGCAGAGGCGGCUGGCACCUGCUCUGGGUCGAGCAGCAUCAGCUCCACCAGCGCCAGCACCACCACGAGCAACAGCAGCAGCAGUAGCAACAGCAGCACCACAACAACCACCAGCAGUAGCAGUGGUGGCAGUGGGGGUGCGAGUGGCGGGAGGCAGAGGCCGAUCAGUGCGUCGCUGAUCCGCUUUGCAGAGCUGGCGCACUCGUGCAUCCUCUUUGACCCGCUCUCCCGCCCUUCCGUGGCAGAUGUGGCCCAUGCCCUCCAUGCCAUCUAUCUCGACAAAGACUACAGCUCGAUACCCUCUGCUGCACAACAGAAGCGAUCCCAAUCCCAUUCCCAGCACCAACACCAGAACCAGUCCCAAUCCCAGGGCCAAGCGGCCCAGUCCUCCUCCUCUCGCUCCUCCCCCACCACCUCUGAUGAUGACGGCAGCAAUCGCGGGUCACACCACAAAGGCACUCAACCCAACAGCCACAGCAGCGGCGGCAGUAAUUCGAGCGGCGGUGGGGUGUUACCGCCAAACGAAGGUGGGAGUCGAGAGGAGAAGCUCGAGCUGGGGAAACUACAGUCGAUCGUGGUCUCCCAUUUCGCUCCGGAGCUCACUCUAGCGGGAGCAGCUUGGUCCAUCACGAGCCGCCAUGAGCGGCGUGUUGGAGCUUACUGCGAAUUAAUGAAGUCUUCCCUCGAUCCCCGCCUCCCGUAUUUCCUCCAUUCCUUUAUUCCCGCGCCUUUCUCCGUCAUCCCCCUAUUCCCGUCUCCCCUUCCCCUGCUACCGUACUCCGCCAGUGUGGUGGGAGCGUCGGGUCUGAAAGACAAGGAGCUCUUCACGAAGCAGGACCCGUACGUCGUGGUGGAGUACGGUUCUCAACGGUUCCGCACCAAGACAGAUAAAGAUGGGGGCACCACCCCUGCAUUCAACUCCACCUUCCACCUGCAGCUGCUCCCAGGUGUGGAGGAGUUCUCUGCGGUGCUGUGGAAUGACAACCUGGGGCGCGACGACGUGAUUGGCAGCUGCCGGGUGAAUUUCCGCCAGGCGUUCUCCAUGGGCGUGUGGGACAUGUGGCACCCCGUGUUCACCAAGAGCCAGAAGCAACGUGGCAGCCUUCAUUUGAUUAUCAAGGCUCCUGGGGCCAGGGCACCCGGAGGGUACCCCCCAUCAUCAUAUCCACCUGCACCGUACCCCACCGCACAAUACCCCCCAGCAUACCCCCCCGCAGGGUCACCCUACCCGCCCCCAUCCGGCCCACCAAACCCAUACCCACCCGCCUCAGGCUACCCCGCCCCUCCCCCAUCCGCCUACCCUCCCCCAUCCUCCUCCUCCGCGCCUCCCCCAUCCGCCUACCCUCCCCCAGCCGCAUCCCCCUACCCUCCCACCGGCUACCCUGCCCCUUACCCCCAGAGCGCCCAUGCCCCUUACCCUGCUGCCCACACCGCCCCUCCUGCCUACUCCAAGCCUCCUAGCGCGUCCUCUUCAAUGAACGCUGUGCUGGGAGCAGUGGGGGCGUUGGUGGGAACAGCAGCAGCAUAUGCUGGGCAUGGCCAUGGGCAUGGGCAUGUGCAUUAUCCCCCAGCGCCGUAUGGGUAUCCCCCCCCUCCGGCGCCGUAUGGGUAUGGGGCUCCUCCCGUGGUGGUACACCACCAUGGGCACCAUGGUUACCACCACAGGCACCACCAUUAUAAGCACAAGUACAAGCGCAAGGGUUUUUUCGGCAAACGCAAGGGGUUCUUCAAAUGA